AUGCCCGGCCGCGUCACUCCGCGGGCGGAGGACGCACGUCGGGGCGCGGCUCCUUGGCUGGCGCACGGCUGGCUCUGUCACUCGCGCCCUGCUGAGGACCCUGCGCGCCAGAGCGCCUGCCUGGCGGCAGUGGCAACAAUGCACGGAGCCGCCCGCGCUCCCGCCACCCGCGUGAGUGCAGACUGCUGCAUCCCGGCCGGCUUGCGUCUCGGGCCAGUGCCCGGCACCUUCAAGCUGGGCAAGUACCUGUCAGACCGCAGGGAGCCCGGGCCCAAGAAAAAGGUGCGCAUGGUGAGAGGGGAGCUGGUGGACGAGUCGGGGGGCACCCCUCUGGAGUGGAUAGGGUUAAUCCGGGCAGCCAGGAACCCUCAGGAACAGACUCUGGAAGCUAUUGCAGACUUACCCGGAGGACAGAUCUUCUACCGAGCGUUGCGAGAUGUCCAGCCAGGGGAGGAGCUGACUGUGUGGUAUUCCAACUCCUUGGCUCAGUGGUUCGACAUCCCCAUCACCGCCACUCCAACACACGACGAAAAAGGGGAGGAGCGCUACAUUUGCUGGUACUGCUGGAGGACGUUUAGAUACCCCAACAGCCUUAAGGCACACCUGCGUUUCCACUGCGUGUUCAGCGGCGGCGGGGGUCGCGCCUUCCUGCACCAAGAACACGCGGCUCGCCCAGGUGCUGGUCCCGUGGCAGAUGGCAUCGGUCCCUCUCCGAAGCCCUCUGGUCCCGACUUCGCUGCACCAGCCCCAGCAGGAACUUUGCGGCCCCACCUGCAGGCCCCACCGCCCCCCCAGGUCUGCGGGGCGCGGGAGAGCAUCAAGCGUGAGGCCUCCUCCGCGCCCUCGGCCAACUCACCAUCCCCGGGAAAGUGGGGGCCAGCCAAAAAGGGCAAGGAGCAGCCGGACCGUGCCCUAAACAUGAGCGGGGCCACCCGAGGACAUGGCCACUUCCUCAGCAUCGUGGGCGGCUCCCCAGCGGGGGGCGGUGGCCUGGCCUUCUACCCCGGCGUGCGCUCGGCUUUCAAGCCAGAAGGCUUGGCCAGGGCAGCGGCUCCUGCCGCGGCUGCCCUGAGCCCCACCGAGCUGGCUUCCCUGGCCAGCAUCGACCGAGAGAUCGCCAUGCACACGCAGCAGCUGUCCGAGAUGGCGGCCGGGAAGGGUCGCGGCCGCCUGGACUCCGGGUCCCUGCCCCCGACCGUUGUGUCGGCGAGUGGCGCUGGGAGCGGCGGCGGCGGGGGAGGCGGCGCCGGCAAGCCCAAGACCGGGCACCUGUGCCUCUACUGCGGCAAGCUGUACUCGCGCAAGUAUGGGCUCAAGAUCCACAUGCGGACGCACACAGGCUACAAGCCACUCAAGUGCAAAGUGUGUCUGCGGCCCUUCGGCGACCCUAGCAAUCUCAACAAGCACAUCCGGCUCCACGCGGAGGGUAACACGCCCUACCGCUGCGAGUUCUGCGGCAAGGUGCUGGUGCGCCGCCGGGACCUGGAGCGCCACGUCAAGUCCCGCCACCCCGGCCAGAGCCUGCACGCCAAGGCAGGGGACGGCCCAGGAGCUGAGCCUGGCUAUCCCCCUGAACCUGGGGACCCCAAGAGCGACGACAGUGACGUGGACGUCUGCUUCACUGACGACCAGAGUGACCCUGAGGCUGGGGGCGGCGGCGAGCGCGACUCCUAA